GGUGCCUCAUCCCGCGAACUCCUGCUCGAAGCAUGCCGUCGCAACAACACCGAUCUCCUCUCCACAGUCUUGUCAGGCUUCAAGUCGGCCGACGAACUUGCCAACUUCCUCAACACCGCGACUGACGCCUUGGGCUGCGGUGCCUUGCACAUCGGCGCACAGUAUGGUGCCUACGAGGUUCUGGAUAUGCUGCUGGAUCAGGAAGGUGUGGAGAUUGAUGGAGUAGAGAAGAGAGAGGGAGACACAUGCUUGCACAAGGCUGUGAGAUAUGUCAACAGCUUGUCCAAGGAGGAGUGGGAAGAGGGACAGGCUAUCAUCGACAUCCUGAUCGACGCUGGUUGCGAUNNCCCAGGUAUGUGGAUACGCAACAAGGCCAAGCUGCGCCCCAUCGACCUCACCGACCCGCGCAACACUGAGCUCAGGAGUCUCUUGCAGAAGGCCGAGUUCACCAUGCUGGCUGGUGACGACGUCGUACAAGAAGAUGAUGACGACGUCGGCGCUGGUAGUGCCAGCGACAGCGAUUAA